UUUACUCUUCUAUAACAAGCAUUACCUGUCUCUUGUUGAGAGGAGGGCAGCCUGGGAGCUAGGAAGUGCUCAGUGCUUUUUCCAACCAGACAGCGAUGGCCAGGAAGUUCUGGGCUUUCUUGAGGAAAUUUUUUUGCUGUUAUUUUACAGAUAGUCUAUCUGAGGCUGACUUUCAGAACUUCUCUGACUUGGAAUGUGACCCACCUGAGGUGAGAUCCUACCGGACUCCUAAAGAGGCCUCGGCAGGAUCGCCUAAAGGAGCCUGCGUAACCAAGCUGGAGGAGUUGUACUACCGGGACAGAUUGUGUGGUCUGCAGCAUAAAUCGAAUGAUGCCUGGCAGUAUGAUCAGGAGCUGACGAUCUGGGCCCGUGACCCAGAGGACACCUUGGACUCCGAGGAGCAGCCACGUUGGCCAAGGAUGGGCAGGCAGACCUCCUGGGAGCUGGAGAAGCAGAAGUCCCUGGAGGACUUGUUGAAGGAGAAGCAGAUUCUGGAAAACCAUCUGCACUGUAUGUCCCACCUCCAACAGGAAGUUGCGCUCUUGCAAGACCAACUGCAAAGGACCAAGUUUCCAUCUCCACCCUACGUCUGUCCCCUCGCUACCUCCCCAUCUCGCCCCAGUUUCUGCUCCCCUGCUCCUGUGAGGCUCAACUUCUCCCAGAGAAAGUGCUCGGAAACAGUACCAAAGUUGAAAUCAACAAGGAAGUCUCUGGCCGAUGGUAUGUGCCCCUGCUCCCAAGAGAGGGAAGAAGGUGAGCCCCCACGCGUGAAGGGCAAUGUGAAGGAGGUGCUGGACACAUUGACCAAGCUGACUUCCAAGGCUUCAACUGCUGGGGUAGCAGCCAGAGAGGGAUCCACAGCCAACCUCCUAGAGGAGCAGCCGGAUGGGGAGAGACUUUCAGCAGAUGGACUUUUCUCCUCGUCCUCCUCCGAUGACUCCAGUCUAAGCCCCAUACCAGCCCUCUCCAAAUGCCAAAUGAGGAAAAUCUCCAGUCAGAGUGAUCUAGCUGAUGCCCCUGCUUCCCAGGACCUUGGCCAUGGUGAACUUGACCCACAGAGAGUGGAGGAGUUUUCUCAGGACUGCUCUGAGGAAGACCAGCGGGACAUCAGCUGGGAGAAGGCCACGCCAGCGGAGCUUUCUGCAUCUCAAGCCGGCAUAGUUUCAGUCAUCGGCGAAGAGGACGGUGGCGGUAUACCCACGCUGAGUAAUGAGGAAGCAGAGUUCGGAGACCAGUGCCAAGAAGCUGGACUGACUUCUACCUUGAGCUGUUUGGCACCCGGAUCAGAAAGCAAGCAUGAAGAGUCUUCUGACCCCACCAACUCCAGCAAGCUCGAAGGUCAUGCUGGUAUUGAAAGCUUCUCGCCCACCACCAAAGCUGCCUUCUACUAACAGCUGGUCCAGGACCCACCUCCGUUCCCGUCUUGAUCACUGGGAGAAGGAAGAAGCAUUCCCUGUGAUGGGAAGAGUUUGCCUCUUCUCCUGUGCCUCCAAUUUUUAAUCCUGUUUCCGAAAUAAAGUAGUUGAGAACUCA